AUGAUUCUCUCAUUUUUUUAUUGGAAUAAAAUGGAGUAAAAUAGAAAGAAAAAUACUUCCCAAGAAAAAAAAGUCAUUCCAUCUUUUAGUAGUCCAUCUACGAUCUAAUAAUAUGAACCUAGAACACAAAUAAGGAGAUAAAUAAUAGAAGAUGAAUAAUAAAGAUAAUAAAAGAAACGAUAAACAGAAAGGUUUUAACCUAAAGCAACAUCAGAAGAUGAGGAUCUUCAAUUAAAUUAUCUAUAAAUCGGAAAUUAAGCAAAAAAAAGAUAAAAAAGCUAAACUCAAAGAUUCUGGAAAUAUGAUUAAAGAAAACAGAAAAGAAAUCAUUCAGAAUAAAGAUUUGCAGCGAAUAAUUCUAAUUAAGGUGUCAAUACUGAAAAAUAUAAUGAAUUUGAUGAUCUCGAUUAAAUUUCAGAUGAUAAAGCUGAUUUAUGUAUCAGAAAUCUUCCAUAAAAUAGAUUAAUGAAAAAAUUGACAAUAUGA